AUGGCCGAAGAAGUGGAGCGGCUUGUGGUCGCGCCCUUUAGAGAGAUUGUUGAGAAGGCAAACCAAGCUAUAGUAAAUGCGGGGGACGCCGACGAACAUGUAUCGGCGCCGAUGCUCAAGGCUGCUCAAAACCUAGCCAAAGAGGGUGAGAGGGCACUCAAGAAAAUCGAGCCUCUGUGCAAGAAGAACAACGACGACUAUGGAUCCAAUUUUGUCGAUGCAAUCAAGGAACAUGAUGGAAUCGGGCAGUUUCGAUCCGAGUUGGAGGAUUUACUAUGGGACUUUGACGACUAUAUUGAGCCUGAUGAGUUUGAUGGCGAUAAGUUUAGCGAAUUACAAAAGGCCUCCAGACAUGCGGCGCCCAAGAUUGUGGACAUCCUCAAACGGAUGAAGCUUGUUGCGCCUGCACCCACGCUUGCGCCGCUGCAACCUUCUCGCGCCGUGUCUCCCAGCCCUAUGGACAUGUCAAGAGACGGAGCCAGCAUUAUCAUCGAUGCACCACCAUCGAGUUCCGAGAAGACGAUGGACGAAGUCGAGCUGCAGUUGAGUAAUAUGAUGGGAGCCCAGGCCGGACCGGAUCAAGGACUGAAAGGCGCAUCGAAUGCCAGGCCCGUGGACAGAAGCAAUUCCAACCGGUCCAGGAUUUCAGAUCGCGCUUCAGAACCUCCACCGCGACCACCGUCGACCAACCCAUGGGAAGUUGGGAAUCCACCUCCUGGGAGUCCCGAUAGGCAACUUGACGAAGGAGAUCCCACUGAACGCCGUCUUCCCGUAACUCCCGGCGAUUCUCCCACCCUUCCUCUAAUACAGCCACGGAUGUCGCAGGGGAGUGAGUUGAAACAGCAGCAGCAGCAGCAGCAUUCUCCCUCGCUUUCUCAGUCUGUAUCCUACAACAGUGCGGGCUCGAUGCAGUGGCAGAACAAUCGUUUGCGUACAGGCUCAACCCCCCCACCUUUGAACGGUUCCGGUCAGUCUUCCAAUCCCUCAUCUAGCGGCUCUAUGCGUCUGAGUCGGCCACCCUCCAAUGGCUCGUCCGUGUUUGCCAAUGGUCCCCCAUCAAUCCCAGAACAUAGUGCCGUCGACAAUCAUACUCAUACAAACGCCUCUGCAGGAAACCCGAGCUUCUAUCCUCAGGUAGGGGAAUCGUUUGGCCACAACCAUCCACAACGCCAGCCUUCGACCGACUCAUUUAAUAGUUCCAUAUUUGACUGUGUUCCAUACGACGGCGCUACGAGUCCUGUCCCUAGCACACAGCGAACUUCGUCAGUCAUUUCGACGACGCCAGGCAGUCCUUACUCCCCAGGAAACCGUAUAUCACAACCGCCACAAUAUUCCGCCAACCCCCCAGUCUACCAGAAUCAAUCCAUAUCCACUAACUAUCCCGACACCAUUGUGAACCAAUCCUCAUCAACACUCACACCUCAGCCUCAGGGUCAGUCGCGUGCCGACUCAACACCAGCAGUUCCUGAAGCACGGCGAAUGGACGACCCAGGCAUCAUUCCGGUUGAAUCCGAGGCCAUUCCGCCCAUGCCAUCGCGAGCACCCGAUUGCAGCAUAGGACCUUACAGCUCCUUUUACCAACUCAAAGGUUUUUGUAAAGGUGCUGAGGAGGCCGUUAAGGGCGAACUCGGAUUUAAGAGGAUUAAGAGACCAGUAGGCGGAUUUUCGAUGAUGGUUGUCGCAAAAUGUAAUCAUUGCUUGUUUGAACUCGACUAUAGGUCGGUAGAGCAAGAUCUGAAUAAUGACUCUUCUGGCAACUUUACGUCCCACGGCAUCGGGUUUCGGCUCCGCAUCCUACAGAAGAGCCACUUGCCGAUCAAGAAUAUUGAUGAACAGCUCUACGGAUGUGUGUUUUGCAUUCAAACAGGACAAACCAUCGAAGAGAGUGAUUCGACAGUCUUCUUCAAUCAAAAACAGCUGUUCGCCCACAUGGCGAGGCAUCCACGCCCUUUGCCUGCUGUCCCUGGCCUAACCAUCGUCGAAGGCGCCGAUAUGCAUUCUCACAGCCGGGACAAUUUCGACCUUUAUUUCCCGAACCCGCCCGUCCAAACGGUAAUGCAAGGAAUUGCACGCGAGAUUGGCAAGCUGCCAACAGCGGUGGCAACCGAGACAAGGAAGAACGCUAACGGUAUUCUGCGUAGCCCUCCCGAUCGAGGAACGGCUUUGCAGUUUGCCGUGGGCGCCAGGAUAGUGGGCAUCGAAUUCCCACUCAGGUAUGAUGGCAAAUGGGGCAUCGGCUGGCACGAUGGAGUGCGUGCCGCGUUCGAAGCGGACUCGGUACGUCUGGACCCGCCACCGCGCAACGAAGUGCGCAUGCAGGGAACGAGUAAUAUGCAGGCCUUGGCAAGGUGGAAGUGGAACCAAAGCGGCGAGGGCAACUGGCUCAAAUUCAACAAGGGGGAAACCAUUAAGAAUAUCAGCUGGUCUUAUACAGACCAUUGGUGCUGGUCGGGCACAUCGUCCAAGGGAUGGGGGAUCUUCCCGCAAUCACACAUCGAGCCUAAGUCACUCAAGACGGUAAACCACAGCGACGAUACUAGCGUCAACAGUGCCGAGGGUAAGAGCGUCCUGUCGCGCUUCUCGAUCCGGAAGAAUGCGGAUCGUAAGUUUGGCUCUGUUUCCAGUGGUGAUUCUGGGCCCAAUAUACAUAUUUACUAG